AGAGCUCAUUGUUUUCAUCAGCUCUGCUUUGGGAAGGCAGUGUAGUCAAAUGAGGACAGCCAGGCUCUGGGGGUGGUUGCUAUUGUAUCUCCCUUGAUAUGCCUGGCUUGAGAGGGUAGGAACAGGACUUCACUGAAGACAUCAUUUCAGGUAUGCUUUUCUCUGUUAUUCACUGUAAUGGUAAGAGUAAGAGUUAUCUAGAAGUGAGACUCACAGGACAGUGAGGACACUGAAACUAUCUGCUGUAAAGCUUAUCUUUUAGGAGUCUUAGCGUUUCAAAAAUAGUAUUUUGGUGGUGUAUUUUGCUGCACAAUGACAAUUGUCUAUAUUGCUUUAUUGUUCGCUAUGUCACACUGAAGUUUUUUCUUCUUCCAUUUGGAAGAUUUGAAAACGGGGUUGCUGACAGCCAAAAUAAAACAAGCACGUCUUUUCAACUUUUCCUCAACUUUUAAUUUAAUUGGGCUGUGUGGUUAAAUGAUCCUUUAGGAGGUCUCGUAUAGUCAACCUAAACAUGUGAGGAGUGAGAGGAAGAUCCUAUAGUGUUUACUCUGUCAGGCAGGGAGUCUCCCAUCCUUCAAGCAAAGCCCUGGAUUAACACUGAGCCAUUAACAUGUCAGUGAGGGCCUCCUCUCCCCUCCCACACAAAGACAAACUGUUCUUCUCUAGAGUAAGCAUUUACUCUGAGACCGACACUUGACCGUUUUGGGGUGACUUUAUCAGAUCUGUGUUCGUACAUAUUAGGCCAUCAGUCUGUUGUUCCAGAUGUCUUUGUAGAAUGAAGGUAAAGAGGACUGGUCAUCGUCCCUAUUCCACAAACUAUACACACUAUUUUACAGGCUGGUAUCUGAACCCUGUAGGAACAGAACGGCAUGUAGCGUUGGUGUGGAGCCUGAUGCUGAGGUAUCCUCUCUGGAACCAGCCGAUAAGCCCAGCUUUGAUUACGCUGGCACUUUUUCUAUUGUGUUGCUUGUUUCAUUCAGCCUCCAUUUAAAGGCCAGACACCAGGCAGCGGGGCUCAGUGGUCCUAGCCAUAGCAGGGCACACUGCCUGAUUCUGUUUUGGGUUGGUUCUCCUGUCCAGCAAGGUGGUGAUUCAGCAGUUCUACGUCCUUAUUAGAGUCACUGGUUUUUCACUGGUUAAAUGAACCAGUUGGAAAUAGCUCUUCUCUUUAGAAAUGUUUACUCUUAUUUUAAACUGGGAUUGAUUGUGUCUAGGGACCUGCAGUGUUUGGGUUUACAUACCUCAACCGCCAACCCCUCGCCAUUCUGGAACGUAAUGGUGGAGUAUCUGUCAAUGAAGUUUUUUCUUUGACUGCAGAACUAAACAAUAUCUACUGGACCUUUUCUUUUCCCUCUGUAUCAAGUUGCUGUGUUUUCCACCAUGACUGGUAUCAUUCAGAUAGAGUUAUCUUGGCCUUGUCAUUGUGGCGUUCACUAACGAGAGAGAGAGAGAGUACUAUCAGUUGUUUUAAUGUAUUCUUCUCUCCAUUGUCAGCUGACCUAUGAUUCCGUUCAUUAAGUAGAGAGUUCUGUCUCGUCACUGCGAUACAGCAUAGAUUCCAAGGGCAACUGUGUGGUGCACAGUUGUUGGUUGCCAAUGACCUGUUUUGUAAUGCUGUCUUCAAAUCAGCUUUACAGAUUCCUCUGGAAUUGGAACUGUUUAAAACGAAUGUCCAAGCUAACUGCAAUUAGGUGAAACCCUGUUGAUUGUCUCAUGCCAGGACUAAUAUAGACUAAUAUAGACAGUGUGUGUGUGUGCUGACUGAUGAGGCAAGCAAUCUUACUUUUUCAACUCCAUGCGAGUGGUUAAUGGGCCGUGAGCCAAUGAGAAAGCCCCAUAGACUGAUCUACAGCAAGGACACUGGGCAUGACUAACCCUGGCCCCUCCCCUCCCGAGGUAAAUCCCCAUACUCCCCUAGGAAAUCUCCUAUUGACUACAACACUGGGAGGAGGACACACUUGUUGGAGCCACACUAAGGUGGAGUGUCAGUCAGUGUGUGUUCGUGUGGGUGAAGUGUGAGGUAGAAGAGCGCUGUGGUUGGACUAAUGCAGCAGAAGUUAUGGAUGUGGAGGAUUCCUUUGCACAGAUAGCUGCUUUGCCAAAGAAGCUUUAAUGGCUGCACGGGGUCUGUAUAAGUGCCUUGUCCAUCAUUGAAGUGUCUUAAAGGAAUGCACUGAGUAGAAAGGCUCUGAGGAGAGGAGCAGUCAUUUUCAGCCUGCUUUAUCAGUGCUCUCUGAGAUGCUGUUAUUUGCUAAAAGAGAGUGCAUCUGAAAUGCCACAGCAAGAUUGAUAAUUAUUUGGUAAGUUUUCUUUGAUUUCUACUUAUUAAGCUCAUUGGACUUCCCUGUAUCUCAUCCGUCUCCCUAUCUAAUGCUGGGUCAACUCCACGCCGAGCGACUUAUAAUUUGGUUUCAAUAAAUCUCUUCUUUCAGUUUGAAAUGCUAAUUCACUCCAUGUGUAUUUACAAAGCUUUCCUCUUGAUUUAUUCUGGAUUUAUCUAAGCCUAAAGUUUAGGUUACACUUUUCACACUUGCUGCCUGCAUAGCCUAGAUAUUCACACCCAAUUGGGUCAGUUUCGCUACUGUUUGUUUUCGAAUGUCGUUUUCACUGAAACCGGAGGAGGAUUUUCUGAAACUAGCCCCAACGUCUCCUCCUCCUCCUCCUCCCUUCUGGGUAGCUGUGGCAGUUCAGCUGUAGCCUUGACAAUAAGGACUCCUGACUAGAAUGUCAAUUUGCAUUUCUAUUGUGAGCUCUGUUAGGGUUCUGUUAGGGCAGCAUAUCGCUCUCAGGACCACUGACUGACUGGAGGAGGGAGGGAGUGUGUGUGUGCGUGCGUGUGUGCGUGACACGCUCUCUUUCUUUAUGCUGCUUCUUAUUGAGGAGGAGAGCUUCUCAGGUUGCCCUCUACCUCCCUCCCAUAAAUUAGCUUGACUCCAUGAGCCAAGUGCCAGAACUUUUGGAAGAUUGCCAUCAUUGAUGUCCCACUUCAGACUGAGCUCCUUUGGGGUUGGCUGCCAAGCAAAAUACAUCUUCACAUUCCUUUGGCCCCAUGAUGGAAUGUAGGAGUCUUGUAUCGUAGAUCAGAGAGGUUAAGGAUUUGAGUGGGUGGCUCUUAGCCUUACGCUUAUACAGUAUCUGUAGUCUACAAUAUGUCGCUCUUGUCUUGUCUAGUCCGUUCUGGUCGUGCCAACCGGGUUUGGGUCACAGGGUGAAGAAUAGGGACUGAAAAUGACAUGUUGGACCAUACCUGGGUUCAAAUACUAUUUGAUAUCAUUUCACAUUCUUUAUCUGGGCUUGACUGAGCUUUCCUGGCACAAUGGAACCAAUAGAAUAGUUGUAAAAGUGCAAAUCCCACCCAUCUGGCACUCCAGACAGGCUAAAGCAAACACUAAAUGUAUUUGAAAUAGUAUUUGAACCCAGGUUUGUGUUGAACAGACGCCAGCUUGGACAUAGUGUGAAACCACUGAUCUCAUCUUUCUAAUUGAUUCAAAGGCUAAGCCUCCGCCUACACCAUGCUGUUUACACUCAAGGGAUCUCUCAGUCUGUCGCCAUACAGCCAUAUGGCAGUGGGAUGACCACCAGACAGACCAUGUUAAAGGUCAUUUCUAUUCUGUCUAGUGUUGUUCUUCUAAAUAACAAACAGAUAUUUCUCAUAGAUUACUACUGCAAUGGUGGUUUCCUCUUGCGUUUUGAGGACUGAUUCAUCAAACGUCUUAGAGUUGACCUAAUGAACUACUAAUUAUUAAGGUCUGUCACUCAUGUUACAUACCAUUCAAUGUACAAUGAAUAUCAAGCAUACAUCUCUUAUUGGCCAGAAAGGAGUGCACAGUUCUCAUUGGUCAGUCACUGACAGUAUACUGAGGAUAGGUCCUUCAGUCCUUUGUAUCUCAGUUGGUAGAGCAUGGCUCUUGCAACGCCAGUGUUGUGGGUUCGAUUCCCACAGGGGACCAUUAUGAAAGAAAUAUGAAAUGUAUGUGCUCACUAUUGUAAGUCGCUCUGGAUAAGAGCGUCUGCUAAAUGACUAAAAUGAUAGUGACCAGGGAUUUGUUUUUGGAUUUUGACAAUAUGUUAUGUGUUCCUCCUCUGCUGCCUGCCCAGGAAAAUGAAAAUGGUGGAUAUUGUCUCACAGACCACCAUGCCAUCAGAAUCAGAAACUGACAUACAUGUGGCCAGGAACUUUCUCACCAAGAUAUUACGAAGUUCCAUGAGGUAUUGUGGAAUAGCAACCUCCUCCAGUACACUAGCUAUCCCAAACCGAUCCUUCAAUGAUCCCUUGUGACUUUCAAUGUUUGAACCCAAUCCCACUCCUUUGUUGAUGUCACCCAUUGCAUCCCAGUUUCCAACAUGUAUGGUACUGUAGCUGUCUGUGGUCCUUGUGUAUGUGUCAGAUUUGUUUGGUGAAGGCUUCACAUUUUAUCCCAUCUGUCUAGGUCUUCUAUCUUCUACACAAUUUAAUGUAAAAAAAGAACAUUUCCACAUCAGAUUGGUUUUUGUAGUAGUUUCUUGUUUUUACUGAAUUACAUAUUUUUGUUACCUCUCUCCAACAUGCAUAUCAGGAAGAACCGCUUCAAGGGGUGAGACUGAAAUGAGAAAGCAUUGUUUGUCUGUUACCUUCUAUUUUUUAAUAAGAUGCAUUUCAAUAACAUGCUUUCCUUAACCUUCUCCCUGUAGGAGGAAUGAACCAGUCUCCCGGCCCCAUUCAUGGCACUCCUCCAAGUUCACAGAAGACCACCCCGAACCCACAGAGAGUCACAUAGAGCCUCCACCUGCACCUCUACCUCCACCUGUGUGGCAGGUCAAACAUGAAGUCAGGUGAGCUGCUGGAAGAAUCUAUGACCUCCUUCGCCUAGUGACAAUGUUACACAGACACUGCCCUUUAGGGUCUUCACAUUUCCUAAAGAAAGGUCCGAGCUACAUUCAGAGAGUUUAUGGUAACUCCAUCUCAGAGGUAGGGGCAACCAUUAUUUUUAUGGUGUUGUUCUCAUCUCCAGUCAUUGAAUACACAUAUCAAAGUAGGUCAGUUAUCAAAGAACAAGAAAACACUGAAUAAAAGCAUAAUAAAUGAUCAUAAAACCUAAUCAAAAUCUAAUUAGCUACUGCUAACCAGAUUAUUAACACAUUUUCUUGUAUUUAUUUCUAGUGCAUCCGCAAAAGACCUUUCCAGCAGUGGGGACCACAACUCUAAUCUACGCCAGUUAUCCAGCCAGUUCAGCUCGGUGGGGAAUAUGGAGAGAGUAGAGCGCCCCUCACACCCCUACCCACCAGGAUGCCUCUCCCCCAGCAGGUACCACCGCAGCGCUGAGCCUCUCUCUGGCGGUGGAGGGUCUGGUGGGAAGAGAGAAUCAGCCUUCAGCUGUCUCUCCUCUACCAGCCCUCCCCCGGAGCCUGCUCCGGACCUAGACAACACUAACACUGCUGGGACUGAGGGCAGCAUGUUCUAUAAGGGGGUCCAGACUCAGAGCAGUGAGGGGGGAAGGCAGGGGGAGCAGCGCCACAGCCGGUACCUCCAGCUGCACCAGGGGGACGGAGGCUCAGAGAGCCCCAGGACAGUCCCAGAGGAGCAGCCUGGCUCCCGCUACUCCAGCUCAGGCUCUGGCAGAUCGCACAUAGGCCCUGUGUGGCACGUCCCAGAGAGGAGGAAGGUAGCAGCACCCCCCUCUCCUCCUCCUCCUCCCCUGCGCAGUGACAGCUUUGCUGCCACCAAGGUGUACCCUGCCUACACAGAGGGGCCUGGAGCUCCACCACACGGGCAGAUGAAGGCCCAGGAACGAGGGGUGGACAGGUUGGCUGAGGCCCCAGAGAACAGCAGCUACAGAGGCCGGGGGCACCAUAUCUCUCAUUACUCUCACAAUGAGAACGGGCCAGACCACAGGUGCAGUUACAACCCUCCACCCCACAAGAAAGACUUCCUCCACCCAAACAUAGCAGCAGGAGCACCUGACUACAACCACAACCAGCUCAGCCACCCAAACAAACUGUUCUCGCUGUCUAGCCAGGACGUGAGACAGAGUCAGUCUCCCUUCGCUUGCCUGCCCAACCACCAGCGGCAGUACAGCGACGAAAGCACUUUCUACCUGCAGACCAGAUCCACCCCACAUCCACCGAAGCCGCAGAGCGUCGGUAGCUACUACCACAGCCUCCAGGAGCUCCCUACCAACCUCUGUAACAGCAGGAACCACGUAAGGUCCUCCACCGCGUCCCUGUCCACCUCGACCAUCGACCAGAACUAUGACGGCGGAGGACACAUCAGGUACUACUGCAUCACAACCAAGCAGCCAGCCCAGCCAGAGACUCGUGUUAGACAGAGCAAAGCAGAGGUCUGGAGGGCUGACAUGGAGCUUGCUAAGGGGUCCAACGACAGUGGCUCCACAAGUUCCUCCCACAAGACCAACAAGGUCAAGUAUCCUCCUCAUCCUCAGCAGCCUUACGCCGACAGCAACAGCAAGGAGCGGAACGGAAAUUUCAAACCGGACAACGUUCUGCUUUAUGAGCACACAGCCUCCAGUUCCUUAUCUGGUAAACCUACCACUGAGGAGAAGGAGAGGGAGAGGAGGAGUGAGGGGCAGAGACCUUCUACAGAGGCUCAGCUUAGAAGCUCUUACUCUCCCAGUCCGCACAAGGACCACAAGGCGGCACCACUGAGAGAAGACCCUUGGGUCACUCAGGAGAACCAUAAGAUCUCUUCUCAAAAGACACCCAUGCUCCACAGUCUGUCUCAGGAGAGUAGAAGCCUAGUUCAGGAGAGUAGGAGCCCCAUGCUUCAUUCUCUAUCCCAGGAAAGUAAGAGCCUGGUGGAGAAGAAUCACCCUGCUAUGGCACCACCACCACCAUCCAACGGCGGGGGAGACAACAACCACCCCAUACAGGAGGCUUUAACGGACAACACGGCAACGGGCAAACUGGCGAGACGCAGCGACCGAUACGCCACCACCCUCCGCAACGAGAUCCAGCUAAAGAGGGCCCAGCUGCAGAAAAGCCGGAGCGCGGCCACCCUGACCUGCCCCAGCGAGACGGAGGAGCCAGAGGAGGAGGAGACAGACCCGGGUGGGUGGAAGUCCACCUCCACCUCCUCCUCCGACGGCUCCUUUUCCUCCUCCUACAAGGACCACCUCAAGGAGGCGCAGGCUAGGGUCCUCCAGGCCACGUCCUUUAGGAGGAGAGACCUAGAACCUCCCGGUUCAGGGUCGGAGGCUCAGUUAACCAAACCCAACUCACACAUAGUCUCCCGCAUCGGCGGCCGCAAGCGUUUCCCUCUGAACAAGAGGGUCCACUCGUUCUCCGAGCCAGACAAGAUCAACAAGCUGGGAGUGGAGGGUGAGGGAGAACUUCCCGUUGGAACAGCACGGUCAUUUGUAGACCGGCGGAAGUUCUUUGAAAUGGCUGCUAAACCUGCCUUCUGCAGACCCAUCUCAACCAUCCACAAGUCAGGCCAGCAGAGCUCCAGCACCACCUCCAGCACUGGGGAGCACGGAGAGAGCAAGGCCAGAGGGAGAGCCCACUCAGGGGACACUGAGGAGGGCUGGAGGCCGGGCCUGGACAGUGAGAACUCCAGUGACCAGCACCCAGACCCCCUCAGCCCCGCAGGCAGACAGGCCCUACUGGAGCAGCAGAGGCUGGGGACCUUCGCUGAAUACCAGGUCACCUGGAACAUGCAGAGGAAGGCUCCAGACACAAAGACCCAGGGGAGGUACCACUCUGCCGAGAACAUCCUGGACCAGGGAACAGAGGAGACGCCUGUCUGUGUCCAUGAGAGGUCCAGAUCAUCUCCCUCACAAGACUUCUACACACAGGUGAGCGUUUCCAUUGAAUGUCUCUUAGUGUAGUGGUAGUAAAGUGAGCUGCAUGACUUCCUUAGCGUUAGCACAGACAUGCAUGACUUCCUUAGCAUUAGCACAGACAUGCAUGACUUCCUUAGCAUUAGCACAGACAUGCAUGAGUGUGUUUAUAGAUAUAACAGUCCACUUUAGAAUGUCUAAACAUUAAACCAGCGGACCAGAGUGCUGUUUUAGUAGAAGGUUAUAUUGGGCCAGCUAUAUUAUGGCAUGGCGAGACCAAUAUUUCAUAAAUGAGACCUUGCAGAGGACCAAUUGUAAUUCGGUGUAUUCCUCAUUUUAUUUCAGAAGAUCCCUGUGCCAUGGAGAGACUCUGUUGAAAAGCCGUAUCUGGAUCACAGACAGGACCAGCAAGGAGGCAGUUGCACCACCAGGUGAGCAUUCCACAUUAUUCUCUUCUCCAUUCUAGUUUCUGUUCUCAGAUCAGUUACAACCUAUCCACCUAUUGUUGGAACACAUUUCAAGGUGAUAUUGAUCUAGUACUCUGUUGACGGUGCAGUAACGUACAUCCACAUGUACAUGAGUGUGUACUAUAGUAUAAUAACAAUAGCAGUUUGAGUUAGGGUAGGUGGGUAGCAUGCCAGUUCAGCCCAGGGGCAGUUUUCAGGUGAUCAGGGUUUGGGAGGGACCUGCCCUGCCCAGGUAAAGCUAAAAGUGUAAACCAAUCCUGUUUCAGGCUAUCACAGUCAACUCCGGUCUCAGGUUGUAAACCCACUCGUUGCUCCCUGGGUGUUAUUACAGAGAUUAGUUAAUAUUUUUUGUCUGUUUAUAAAGAAUAUAUACAGUAAGGGCUGAAUUCGUGAUAAUAAAAUGUAUAAAUCAAUUCAGAAAGGACUCUGCUCCUCAUUUCAGUUGAAAUGUGCUUAGUGUGAGUAUGUUGUUGUCUUCGAUUUGCCUCUCCUGUUCUGUUUGACAGAGGGCAGAGCGAGAGCCGAGACAGAGAGCAGCCCGACCAGUUCCCACAGCCUCCACAACCGUCUAUUCCAAGACUGACGGACACAGAACCACAGAGCAGCAGAGACGUGGCCACCCCCACCCCCCUCCCUCUCCCUCACCCCUCUGACCACCGACACAAACGUGACUCUGCGGACCCCGCCCACAACCUCCCCGCUCUCCCCCCGUACCCCUCCAACCACACCCACAGCUCUGUGUUUGAGCAACCACCACCACCACCACCUCCAACGCCUGCUCCCAAGCCCCAGAAUACAGGCCUCAUCAUCAUGCCACAUUGGCCUCUCCUAGGCCUGGAAACCUCCUCAACCACAUCCUCCUCCUACGGACACUCUUCCCAGGAAUUCCUGCCUGGUCCUGGCUCCCAUCAAGCUGACCCAGUAGAACCAUCAUCCAGCAGCAUCUGCUCUCCCCACGGCACAGAGCUGGAUCCUGCCCCAAACCAAGCCUCCUCCUUGGGCUCCACCCAGCUCCCCUCUCCCACCCCGGGGAGAACCGCUGGACUGGACACAGAGGAGGAGGAGGGAGCAGCUGAUUCAACACUAGAGCCACCCUCCUCCUCCUCUUCCCACUCUCCUUUUUUCUCCUACCAGCCUCCCAGUCUGACGGUUCCCUCUUCAAAUGGGACUAGUUCUCCUUCUCCUCAGUUUGCUCCUCAGAGGCUGACGGACCAGCCCCCUGUCUCUGUGUCCAUGCAGGAUGAAGCCCAGAGCAGGUAAGCACUAAGCAGCUUAACUGGCAUUCUUAGGCCUGUCUCCUCAGCUCCCCUCAAACUACUGUACACUACUGUACAGCCUUACGUAACUAACUGGGGAUUGUUGUCCUGUGUUGCUUUACUUACAGUAAGUAAGCCUUGUCCGAGCCAGAACGGCCCCUAAUUACAGGAGCCUAUCUCCUGAUUCUGUAGCGUGAGUCAGCUGGAUUUGAAGUCUUAUUUCUUUAUCGUAGUAGCAGCACAUUGAUAGAGGAGGCUAUGGAAGAUGAUUUGGAAUUACAUGGUAUGAUGUGCCACUGCCACAGACCAGAAUGCACUGGUUUAGAGUUUUCUUAUGAUCCAUUUCCCAGUGAUUUGAUUUCAGCUGUGCAGCAUUGGGGCACAUACAGUAUUCUUGCUACAGUAGCCAGGACAUUAAGCCUGGAAACAGAAGGCUGUCAUUUUAUUUGGUUAUAUGAUUGAAUGACUUUAUGACCUUUCAGUGGAUGGCGCUGUUCCAUCCCUUUAAUUAUCGUUGACUCAACCUGUCCACUGUCAGUCAGUAACAUGGACUGUAAGCUUGUAUAUGGUAGAUGUGACUCACUUGUGUUUCACAGAGCAACUCCUGACAUAAAAUCAAAUUUCUGUUUCAGUAAACUGAGCUGGAAAUUAGACUAAAGGUUCAACAAUUUGUUUAUAAUAUCAUUGUGUAAUUUUAAGUGACAGCAUCUAUCACAAUUGUCAAGUUUUCUCAUAAUACAUUUUAUUACUGUAAGUUAACACCAGUUACGGUUGCUUCUCCACAGGCCAGAGAACAGGACGAACGCUGUGAUGGAGAUGAGCAGUGUAGGGAAGAAGGUCCCUGUGAAAAUCGUCCACGCUGAGAGCACCACAGAGAGGCAGAGCCGCCAGUACCUGCUUCACAGUGAGAGAAAUGGGGCCCCUGGAGUUUCAGAGGGGCCCGACCUUCCCCCACCCCAACCGACCAACCUGCCCUCCCCUGAGCCGCAGCCCUACUCCCUGUUCCGUGCCUACACCCCCUACACACGCCAUCGGCCCCAGAGUCCCCAAAGGGACCCAACCCUCACUGUAGCCCCAGAAGAGGCCCUGUCCCCUGGGCAGUCUCAGACCAACGGCCCCUCCGGUACCUCCGCCAUGGGUCCCCAGCAGCCUCAGAAGAGUAACUCGGAGGAGGAUGUGAAGAGAGAGGAGCUGGCCAGAGACAUCAUGGACAAGGACAAGUCUCUGGUGGACAUCUUGGACCAGAGUAAGAUGAAGACCACUAUGGACCUGAUGGAGGGGAUCUUCCCCCAGGGGGAGCAGAUCCUGGAUGGGGGGCACCAGAGGAGAAAAGUCUCCCCCAAACAGGGAUUGCCACCCAGGGGCAUGGAUGACAGGUGAGCUGACUGGGAAUGGGAUCUGGCAGUCCAGAAAUAUAACAUUCAUGAACAAAUUCACUGAGCAUUUACUGGUAGUCAUAACAUAGUCUAGAUAAUCACACAUCGUUCUGUGUAUUUUUGUGUAAUUACAUUUUUAUAAGACAAUGACUUCAACUCUCCCACUUCAGAGGUGUUUGUUCAGAUGAGUUAAAAAAAUACAUUAUAGUGUUGUGUUAAUAUUUCUUCCCAUUGAGAGGAUGAGUAGAGGGAAAUGUAUACAUGACUAAAACACAUUAGUCCAAUUCUAAACACCUGAUCAGCCCAUAGACUGUGGCGCAGUCUUUACACAGAUGCCCCCUGCUGGCAAUAUAUUAAAUCACAGACUACAACUGAACACAAUGGAGGAGGGGCAUAAACCUUCCAUUUUACCUGCGAUUUUAACAGACCUCUCUGAGAUCUUAGAACUGGCCCAUCGAUACUGAGUUAUCACCUCCUGCAUCUCAAAUGACACCCUAUUGCCUACUUUCUUCUCAAUAGUAUUACACUACAUAGAACUUACAGUACUAAUAACCAGAAUUAUAAACCGGGAAGUUUGGGUCCUGGAUGCUGAUUGGCUAAAACAGCAUUCCAGACAUGUGUAUAUCAGACAAUAAUGACGCAAAACUACUUUUAUAUUUAUGUUGGUAACCGGUUUAUAAUAGCAAUAAGGGGUUUGUGGUAUAUGGCCAAUAUACCACUGCUAAGGGCUGUAUCCAGGCACUUCGCUUCGUGUUGUGCUUAAGAACAGCCCUUAGGCGUGGUACAUUGGCCAUAUACCACACGUCCUUGGGCCUUAUUGGUUAAAUAACCCUCUGCUUUCUGUCUGUCUCUAUCCCGUCCAGGAGAGAGGAGGAGGGCCUGUCUGCAGCCACAGGGUCCCUGGUGACCAGCUCCUCCUACUACAGUACGUCUGCCCCCAAGGCUGAGCUGCUCAACAAGAUGAAGGACAUGCAGGAGGACGAGCUGGAGGAGCUGGAGCAAGACUCAGAGGACGAACUGGACAUCAACCUGGCCAGCAAGAAGGUACAGAAACACAGGGUACUGACCCUGUAAAACAGGUUUCUCCAACCCUGUUCCUGGAGAGCUACCCUACAGGACGGUAGCUCUCCAGGAACAAGGUUGGAGAGUUCUCAAGGUUGGUGUAUGUGACAAUAAAACAUAUUAUUAUUAUUACUGACUGUUUCAUGCCAUAUCAAUCACUGGUCAUCCUGGAGAGUCACAGGACUGCAGCUUUUCCCCAAGUUUAGUGUCAUCAUACCCGAUUCAAAUGUUCAACUGAUCUUCAACACUUUGAUUAGCUGAAUGUGGUUCACUGCUGAGCCGAGACAAAAAACCUGCCGUUCUGCAGCUCUCCAGGACCAGGAUUGAGGAAUAGUGCUAUCCAGUAUGUGAAAUGGCUCUCUUGAAUGUCAUCUCCUUGUCUGUCCCUCUUUCUCCCCACAGCAAGAGCUGAUUGACAGCCUGAGUAAGAAGCUUCAGGUGCUGCGUGAGGCCAGGGAGAGCCUUCAGGAGGACGUCCAUGAUAACAACUCUCUGGGGGACGAGGUGGAGGCCACGGUGCAGAGGGUCUGCAAGCCCAACGAGCUGGACAAGUUCAGGAUGUUCGUGGGAGAUCUGGACAAGGUGGUCAGUUUGCUGCUGUCCCUGUCCGGCCGACUGGCCAGGGUGGAGAACGCGCUCAACAGUCUGGAGGAAGACACCACACCAGAGGAGAAGGUAGGGUCAGGGUUAGGGUGGAGGUUAGUAGUGGUAUAGGUUAAGGGAGGACACCGCUAUCUCCCCACGCUACUCGUGAGGCAGGAUUAGAUGGCUAACACUUAUCCUCAUUAGCUCAAAGCUAUAGUAGUAUUACAUACCAGAGUAAAGGGAUGUUUGCAUUUACCAACUUACAAUAUUCAUGUUCAACACUAAUUGAUGUGUGUACUGUGAGUUAAUCAGGAAGUUGUUCGACUGAUUCCAUCAUAACUGCUUGCCUGCAUUUGUUAGUAUCCCUCUUACUGAUCUGCCCCCUCUGUCGGCCCUCCCGCUCUCAGCGCACCCUGUCAGAGAAGAGGAAGCUGUUGAUCAGACAACAUGAAGACGCCAAAGAGCUCAAGGAGAACCUUGACCGGCGGGAGCGCCUGGUUUACAGCAUCAUGGCUGCUCACCUCAGCCACGAGAGCCUGGCAGACUACCAGCACUUUGUCAAGAUGAAGUCAGCCCUCAUCAUCGAGCAGCGCAAGCUGGAGGACAAGAUCAAACUGGGAGAGGAGCAGCUGAAAUGUCUGCUGGAUAGUUUGUUGUUGGAGCAGAGGCUGCUGUUCUAAUAAUGGAUAGUGCAAUCUGAGAUCCUUGGAACGUCCCUACCCUAAACCUUAACCUUAACCCCUACCCUAACCUUAACCCUUACCUAACCUUAACCCAUACCUUUCAACUUCAAUAGGUGACGUCAGAGCUGGGACGUCCCAAGGAUCUCGUUUAGACUUUUCCUUCUGACAGUGGACACACAGAGGCGAUGUGGUGUACUGACACAGACUGGCCACUAGAGAGCCUCAGAGAGGCGCGGGUGGACUUGAUAUGACGGAGGAGACUGUGUGCUGUUUGGAGUUGACUGACUUGAAGCCUGUUACAUUUCAGUUCCACACUACAGACAGGAGCUGUUUUUCUGUGCUGAAGAAACACCCUGUUUCUGGAUUUAAAGUAGCUCCUUAGAGGAAAUUCAUUAAGAUCGAUGAAACUUUACUUUGCUAAAUGUGUUUGAUUCAGGGAUGUUGGUGAGGCCUCAUGGUGAGGCCUGUGCUCUCAAAUGAUUCUCAAGAUGAGGCGGCGCGUCUCUGUUUUAUAUAUUGCGUGUUUGAAAUAUGUUGUUUUUAGUAAUUUAUUGUAGCCUUUUAAAUAUUUACAGAUGACAUUGACAUUUCAGGUAAACUCACCUAUAAACCUACUUUGUAGUUCAUUACAAUACAAAUUGUAUAUAUAUUCUUAUUGUGAAGUAUAGGUUUUAUAAUUAGAUCAUUAACUGGGGUUUUCCUCUCUGGGACAGUGCUGGUUUGGUUCAGAAGUCUAAAGUUAUUUUCAUAUUUGCCUAAACAGUACUUGUCUUUCAUAUCAUCCUACACACAUCACUAAUAGCUACAGCACAGAUGGGUAUGUUUUCAACCAAUCUUGUUCUCAGGCCCCACUUCCCGUACUAUAGUAUGGUAUUCCUUGACAAUGUUUAUUGGUUACUGGUCUUUUUUAUUCCAAAAGUAUAAAAAGGUAAUUAAACAUUUGAAAUCAGGUGUGGGCGGCAGGUAGCCUAGCGGUUAGAGAG